GGCCGCAGAGCUAUCCUCCCAUACUCCCUCUUCUCCGAGAGCGGUUUCCCCUCGCCGCCGCACAAGAGAAGAGCUUUCAAGGAGGAGCUAAUCACCACCACCUCUGCCCCUUGUUUCCUCCGCGGUCCUCUGAUGGGCGAGCGGCUCGCCGGCGCCGAGAAGGAGGUGCUCGUUGAGAUCGUGAGGUUCACCCAGAAGAACGGGCUGAAGGGCGCCGAGGGGGGAUGGAAGGAUUUCCUGGCUCUGAACGACAAGAAGUACGGCGUCUCCGUUAGCGACCCCAAGAAGCGGACCAAGGACGUGCUGCUCGCUUUCCUUGUAACCUUCUCCAAGGAUUUCCAGAAGUAUUUCAGCAAAUUGGUGAGGCGUCACGCCGAACGGAGAGCGAUCGAGCAGUAUAUGAAUGAGUUCUCUGGCAAGAUUUCUCCCGAGCAGAAGCUUGUCCAACUGACGACUGAACACACCGAGUACAGGAAAAAUUACUACUUCCCAUCUUACCAAGAGGGGUGGAAAAUAGUGCGGAUAGGAAAACUCGCCAGUAGUAUGAACUCUGGAGCCAUGUUGGCAAUUGAUUGUGAGAUGGUCCUUUGCAACGAUGGUACUGAAGCUGUUGUCCGAGUAUGUGUUGUUGACAGCAAACUGGAGGUGAAGUUGGAUGAACUUGUAAAUCCCUUGAAAGCUGUUGCAGACUAUAGGACAAACAUCACUGGUGUAUCUAAGAAGGAUUUAGAAGGAGUCAAAUUCUCAUUAGUUGAUGUUCAGAAAUCAUUGAAGAAACUCUUGGCCAAAGGAAAGAUUUUGGUUGGCCAUAGCUUAUAUAGAGAUUUAUAUGUUCUGAAGUUUGACUACAGUCGAGUCAUUGAUACGGCAUACAUCUUCCAGUAUGCAAAUUUACCUACUACUGCAUUAGCUUCUUUAAACAGCCUUUGCAAGUCUGUUUGUGGGUACACUCUUCGAGAAGAAGGAAAACCACAUGAUUGCUUGAAGGAUGCAGAAGCUGCGAUGAAUCUAGUUACAGCAAAGCUCAAGCAUGGAUUUAAUGAUCCCAUUGAGAUUGCAGAAAAUAGUGUGCCUGAAUCUGAUCAGAUGAAGUUGCUUGCUCAUAGAAUUCCAGUCUAUCUUCCUUCUCAAGAGCUGCUUAAAAUUUUAUCUGGGAAUCCCAGCAUCGAGGAAAAGAUUGAUUCAAGGAUUCGAGGAGACUUUUAUUCUACGUGCAUUUUGUUCAAGGACAUAGAUGAGGCAGAUAAAGCGUUUGAUGAACUAGAUGGCCAAGAGACCAAGGACACUAGUGGGCGACUGCAAAAGUCUGUGCUCCUGAAGCGUGACAAUGGCGAUGUCGCGAGCUUCUUUGUUCGGAAGAUGGUAUACGGUUCCCGGCCCAACAACACUGAUGUUUUGAAGAAGAGGCCAGAGCCUACUGACAACGUGGAGCGAAAGAGAGAAGAUGUCGAUGGGGACAAGCAAAAAAGGCAAAGAACUAGCAAGAAGCACGGGAAGAAAGCUAAGACACCAGUGGUUGCGUGAAGACCUUGAGGGGAGGUAGGAUGUUACAAAUGGAUGCCGAGCCAGUCUGUUCGUGAAGGAUCUUGAGAGCAGGUACUGCGAAACACGGAUGCAUCCUCACAGUUUUUUCAUGACUAAGUGAAACAUUUUCUUUUGUUGCUCGAUGUCUGAACUCUAGAUGCUGCUCUCGAGAAGGGCGUGAAGGUCCUUGAUAGCUAACCAAUUAUCAUGAAAACUUGCUAACUAACAUUGUCUCCUCUGUAACUUAAAACUCGAAUGUACUCUGAGCUGUAACUGUAAGUGGCAAGGGUUUGGGAAGCCUGCAUCAUUGGGAUUUCUUUGAGC